AUGCCGCCACAUUCAACGUCUCCUCUACUCCCCAUCUCCACGCCCACAGCUAUCGCAUCGCCGUACGAGCACUCGCCGCCUCCUCCUCCAGAGCCAACAGCCGCGAGCCAUGUCCAGCGCUUCGCCAUUGCCACCUUUUCGCUCGCCCGCUUCCUGCGCGGCGUCUCGUUGAUAGCCUACCCGCGCUUUGGCCUCUGGGCCCUUGAUAUAGCCCCCGAUGGCUCCGCAUACAUGCUCGCCAGUCUAAUCGGCAUCCGCGACAUUCUUCUCUCGGGCCUGCUGUACACGACCGACACAGCCAACGCCUCCACCGAUCCCUCGGCCCGUCGCGAAGUAACCCGCGCGCUGGCGACGAAUCUUUUCAGCGAUGCGCUGGACGCAUUCGUGCUUAUAUUCUACGCAGCGUGGUCCGACGACUGGGGCAACCCGAUCGCAGUGAUUGUCAUCUCCGCAGUCAUGGCCAUCUUCGAGCACUUGACGCUAUGGAGCUAUAGCGAGGAUGACUGGGCGGGGCAGGAGGGGUGCAGUCUGGGCGACGACAAGAAGGCGAGGAUGAAUGCGUGGUUGAGGGAGCUCGAGCGAUACGAACCCGAGACAUAUCGCCCUGAGCAGUCCGUGCCGCCAUCGUCGCGGGCUUCGUUUCGGCAGUACGGGGCUAUUGUUUAG